AUGGAUAACAUCGAAAUGGAACAUCCAAAUAGCAUCGAUAACAUCAAAAUGGAAAAUUACUUUAUUUUAGAGAAGAGUUCUCAGUCUCUGCAUCAACUCAGAAAGAAAACGUACAAAAAGAAGAAAGUAAAAAAAGAGCCAAAUAUUUCAAAAACUACCUUCAAGCGAUUUAUUCUAAGGAUAAAGAAAAUUAUAGCGCCUAAAAUCAAACUAGGAGCCAUGACAUUGGACCAGUUAGAUGACUUCAUAUCUCAUGCCUUGGAGAUGUUGGAUUCAGAGCUUCGGACUUUAUUUAAAUUAGAUGAGAAAAAAACUCUAACCUCCAACCAACUGGAAUCUGCAAUCCGCCUUUGCUUCCCAAAAUGUCUCAGUGAUUCAGCUAUCGAAUUUGGCAAAACAGCAGUUCGAGUGUAUUAUACAAAUUCUCCGAAUUCCCAUUAA